GGCGCCACAGCUCCGCGGAAGUCGAGCCUCUAUUCAUGGCGUGUGGACUUUGACUUGGCCACUAUGAUCUACGCAAGGAUGACAAAGUUCACCAUGAGUAAGAACUGGCGACUUCAUGUCAGACUGGACGCAAGCCCUCAGUUCGGCAAGGAUUACCUCAUGGGCGAGGUUGACAUCCUCAACUUGGACGGCGUUCAGAACUGGGCAGACAUCCAGCAAGGAGGGUCCCUGACAACACGGCUACUGGUGUGUCAAACCCUCGGAGCGCGGGCGGCCGGUGUUGCGGUGAAGGCCAAGAAGCUCUUACACAUGCUCAGCCUAGAGUCAGAGUCACUGAAAGGCACGCUGUCCCGAUGCCGCUCAAUGCUGUCCGACUGGGGCACAGAAUCCAGGCUCUGGCAGACGCCGAGCAGCAUUCUGGAAGAUGAGCUUCCUUCGUGGAACACGCUGUUCGGCAUGGCGCUGCCCAUUCCGGACCACGACCACUCCCUCCACCACAUUAUGGAGUGCCUGGAGCUACACUUUGGGUGGUCCGACUGGUUUCAGCCCCGCCUGCACGCCUUGUCGCUGUUCUUUGGCAACCUUGGCCGGUGCCAGCGCUUCGUCAAUGUGUGCAUUAGGUAUGAUGUCUUGCGAUGGGUCCUCGGACGCAAGGACGCCUUUCGCUUUCUUCUUGCCGACUCUGCCUCCUUUACCGACUCAAAGGAAAUGUCGCGCACCGAGCUGGACAUGUUGCGUGAGGUUGCAGAUGCCGAUUCCCAGGUGGGCAUGAGAUUUUGGGCGACAUGUGUGACCGUUGAAGGACUCAGCGACUGGGGUGUGUCGCUUUCUGUGUGGCUACACGGCUGCCAAUGUCAACAUGAAGAUGACAAAGCCAGGUCCAAGUGCACCCUGAAGGGCCGCAAAGCUCUACUUCUCGCGUGCGGAGGGUGGCAUGAUUUCACCAGGUCGCUGCAAGCUUGCGAGUUGUCUGCGCGCGCCCGCUUACUGAACACGCAACUGCGUGACCGCUCAGAUGAAGAUCGGCAGUUUGCAACAGAAUUGUGUACCGGUUUCCAAGACUGCAAGUCCAUGAUGCUGCUUCGGCUACGCCAGGCCUAUUCAUUCUGGGAUGCGAUGCCAUUUUCAAUCCUGCAGCUGGGCCAGCACCUUGUCCUUCCGUCAGUGCCUGAAGACGAGUCGCGCAGGGCUGGCAAGAGGCUACUCGCAGAGUACACCCAAGCACCGUCUAAGGCAUCAUUGGGGGUGACGAGUUGGUUCUUCUUUGGCCAAGCGACAAAUCGUCGCCGGAUUGAAGUGUGGUGUCAGGGCGGCCCGCUGCACCACAACCUUGCGCAUGAACUGCUGGCAUACGCGUCGUCGCUGGUCGUCAUGCAGCAGUUGGAAAGCCGCCACCACCUGGUGAACAUGGCAGUGUCGCAUGGCAGGGCGCAGCUGCCUUGCGCGACAAUUGCCGCACUUCGGCGCGUCAUCAACAAGGACUUGCAGGAACCAGCGUUCAGGGACCUUUUGCCCACCUUGUUGGACAGUUUCAGCACUCUCCUUCCAGCGGAGAUUUCUUGGAGCGGGAAGAAGGAGAUGCUGGAGAAGAUCUAUGGCUAUGGUCUGGAUCAGCUACAUCCUGACACAACCUUUGAGGAUGCCGAAUUCCAGAAGCACACAGAUGCCAUGGUGCAGGCCAAGACAAAAUCUCCUGACUUGGGCCCCCUUGAGUCUGACCAUUUGAAGAAAGUCCUCAACCGACAGGCCGUCUUUGCUAUCCCCACCGAGCGUCCAUCUUCAACGGAGCCGCAAGACUACAUCGUCUUCAAGGUUAUCUCGCUGAAGCCAAACUCCAGGAUGUACCUGCAAAAAGUCUGUCAACUGUCAGUUGACGAAUGGCAUGACUCUAUGGCUAUCAGUGUGCUCGGCCGCGUGCGUUCCAAGCAAUCCGACAGUGGCGCCACUCUUCCGGAGUUCACGACCUUUUCUUUGAGCGAGGUGCAGACAUUAUCGCUGAGAUACAUGUUCGACAAGUCAAGAUGGCGCGGUCUUCAUGUCUACACCAAGGUGAGUCAGGUUUAUGAGUUCGACGACCAGUGCAUCGAAGAUGACGACUGCGGCGGCGAACAUGAUGGGCUGGCGCAAAGGUUCGACACGGGCGAGAUUGUCCUCACACACGACGCCAUGCGGUAUGGCGUCGCCUGCUCUGCGGCCGUGCCUGAACGCACCACGCGGGCAAGCGUUGCCGGGCUGCGGGGCGUGAGCGACAAUCCGCGUGUGUACUACCAACUCUUGAUGGCGCACAAGGAUGCAAUUGGCAAAUAUGAAGCUGCGGGGGUCUUCAGCCACGCUCAGUCGCAGCACUAUUACAACACUGUGUGGGCGGCGAUCGAGAAGCGUCCGGCGGAGAUCGUGGAGAUCCCAUUCUCCAAGCCGGUUGACUUCUACGAGGGCUUGACUUCCUUCAUUGAAGGCAAAUCCGCGAAGGACCCCAGAGCUGAGUUGGCUGAGACUGAGACUGAGCCUGGGAAGAAGAAGCGGCGCCGAACCCGGCCGACACGCAGGACAGCCGAUGAAGCGCCACGCGCUCGUCAGCAGCAGCCUGAGCUGGUCGACCUUGCGGCGUCAAGCUCCUCAGACGUGGAGGUCUUGCCAGUGAUGGCUGUUGCGCCAGCAUGCGAAAAGGGGGCUGCGGUGGUGUACUGGGACACCAUUCUGGAGGAGGAUGCGGAAGCAGGUACAACAGGGCAGGACAAUGACGGUGCCAGCUCAGAGGCGGAGCCUGGUCCUGCUGUGCCGGCCGCCGAGCUGGAGGCUCUGCCUUCUCCUCCACCUGACCAGCAGCGGCAGCAUCGUGACAUUCCUUGGGACGAACUUUUCCCGCCGACAAAGUCGGCGCACCGACGCUACAUAGUAGAGACCGUCCUGCCCCAGCUGGUUCCUUUUCUCCGCGACGCAACUCACGCGCGCAAGAGCCCGCGUGAGUUAGCAAACCUUGCAGUUGACGAAGUUGACCGCACGGGGAAGCGUCAAUGGGGCGCCUACGAGCUUUACAGCCGGCGGCGGACGGUUGUAGACGCCGUGCUGUCACAGUACUAUGAUGUACUUCACGAGCAUUUGCAGAAGUGCGUGUGA